UGCAGUGCAUAUUGGCCUUAUUUCAAGAAGGGGUAUGUUUCCUGUACCAGAGAGCUUAAUCCAGUGCGUGACGCUUUUGGCAAACAACAUAACAAUAAGUGCAUAAUGUGCCUACAGAAGUUCAAAAAUGGAGGUACAAUGACUUCUGUUGAAAAGAACCCACCACAAAAUGGAAAUAAUGUGAGGGGUGAUGAAUGCUAUGAGUAUCGAUCACAGAUGGGGCCUGAUGGAGAGCUCUUCUGCACCCGUGAGAAUAACCCAGUACGUGACACUUCCGGCAACACUCAUAGCAACAAGUGCAUCAUGUGUGCAGAGAAAUUCAAAAGAGAAGCAAGAGAAGGCAAGAUUGGCGGUGGAGGUGGUGGAAGAGGACAAAGCCUGAAUGCAAAUGGGAACAGAAUCGCUCAAGGGAACCUAAAUGGAGGGAACUUAAACGAGAAAAACUGCAAUGAAUAUGGUGGGUCACUUCAAAGAUACGAUGCAAACAACCCCUGCUCAGUGAAUAAUCGGAUUGCACAGGGUGAUUAUAGAUCGUAUACCAAUUGUGGAGGGAUGGGAACAUCGACAUACUACAAUGAAAAUUGCCAAAGAGGACCUUUCAGCAACAGACAGAAAAGAAAGGCUGUCAAGUUGGACUGCAGUAAAAUUCUAGCUGAUCUCGAGAAGGAAGGGACUUCCUGCAGUGCUCUGUGGUCUCCUGUUUGUGGCACUGAUGGCAAAACAUACAGAAAUAAAUGUUUCCUGUGUUCAGAGAUACUGAAAGCUGAACAUAUCCUUGCACUAAAGCAUGAAGGUGAAUGUCCUGAAGUUGGUCGUGGAACGGUUAACUGCAGUAAGUAUCCCCAAAACAGAGGAAGAGUUCUUUGCAAGAGGAGCAUUCAGGAAGUUUGUGACACAGAUGGUGAGACACACCGCAAUGAAUGUAUGCUCUGUGACAAAAUCCUGAAAACUAAAUCUGAAAUUGGCAUCAAGAAUAUAGGACCAUGCCCUAAGAUGUAAAGCAGUGCAGGCUGCCAGAAAGUUUGAAGAAGAAAGAGUGACAAAGAGCAGGUGAUGGAAGAAUUGACACUCAGAACCAAGGAAGCUGCUGAAUCCUUAAGUGCUGCUAAGCCUGCCUUCAUCCUAAAUAUAAGGAUCAAUUUCAUAUCUGUAAUAUAUGGUCAAUGAAUGUGCACUAAGGAGACAG